UCUGCCAAACCUCCGGGACCACCUGGACCCCGCCAAGAGGAGCUGCUUUUGAGUGAGAUGGUCGCAGAGGCCCGGAGCAGCGGACUGGUAAGCCCCGGGAGAACGGUGGGAGUUUUGCUUCUGCUAGCUGCCUUGACCGAGGCUUCCACCAUCAUUCACUAUGAGAUCCUGGAGGAGAGAGAGAAGGGGUUUCCCGUGGGUAACGUGGUCACGGAUCUUGGUUUGGAUCUCGGCAGUCUGUCGGCCCGCAGGCUCCGGGUGGUGUCCGGAGCUAGCCGUAGGUUCUUUGAGGUGAACUGGGAGACUGGAGAGAUGUUCGUCAACGAUCGACUGGACCGAGAGGAGCUGUGUGGGACGCUGCCCUCCUGCACUGUAACUCUGGAGUUGGUGGUAGAGAACCCGCUGGAGCUGUUCAGCGCGGAAGUGGUGGUCCAGGACAUCAACGACAACAAUCCCUCUUUCCCCACCGCGGAAAUGAAAUUGGAGAUUAGCGAGGCCAUGGCGCCGGGGACGCGCUUUCCGCUCGAGAGCGCGCACGAUCCCGAUGUGGGAAGCAACUCUUUACAAACCUAUGAGCUGAGCCACAACGAGUACUUUGCGCUCCGCGUGCAGACUCGAGAGGACGGCACGAAAUACGCGGAGCUGGUCCUGGAGCGCGCCCUAGAUUGGGAACGGGAGCCAAGUGUCCAGUUGGUACUGACCGCACUUGAUGGAGGAACCCCAGCUCGCUCCGCCACCCUUCCAAUUCGUAUCACAGUGCUGGACGCGAAUGACAAUGCUCCUGCCUUCAAUCAGUCUUUGUAUAGGGCGCGCGUCCGGGAGGAUGCACCCCCAGGCACGCGCGUCGCCCAGGUUCGUGCAACUGACCUGGAUGAGGGCCUCAAUGGAGAAAUCGUUUACUCCUUCGGCAGCCACAAUCGUGCUGGGGUGCGGGAACUAUUCGCUUUAGACCUCGUAACCGGGGUGCUGACAAUCAAGGGUCGCCUGGACUUUGAAGACACCAAACUCCAUGAGAUUUACAUCCAGGCCAAAGACAAAGGUGCCAAUCCGGAAGGAGCGCAUUGCAAAGUACUGGUAGAGGUUGUGGACGUUAAUGACAAUGCCCCGGAGAUCACAGUCACCUCUGUAUACAGCCCAGUCCCUGAGGAUGCUCCUCUGGGGACUGUCAUUGCUUUGCUCAGUGUGACUGAUCUGGAUGCUGGAGAGAACGGGCAGGUGACCUGCGAGGUUCCCCCGGGUCUCCCCUUCAGCCUGACUUCUUCCCUCAAGAAUUACUUCACUUUGAAAACCAGUGCAGCCCUGGAUCGUGAGACCGUGCCCGAAUACAAUCUCAGUAUCACAGCUCGAGACUCGGGAACUCCCUCUCUCUCAGCUCUUACAACAGUCAGGGUCCAAGUGUCCGAUAUCAACGACAAUCCUCCUCAGUCAUCCCAAUCCUCCUACGAUGUGUAUGUGGAGGAAAAUAACCUACCCGGAGUUCCUAUAUUAAACCUAAGUGUCUGGGACCCCGACGCCCCGCCCAAUGCCCGCCUUUCUUUCUUUCUCUUGGAACCCGGAGCGGAAACUGGUCUCGUAGGUCGCUAUUUCACAAUAAAUCGUGACAAUGGAAUCUUGACAACCUUAGUACCCCUGGACUAUGAGGAUCAGAGAGAGUUCCAGCUAACCGCUCAUAUAAACGACGGAGGUACCCCGGUUUUGGCCACCAACAUCAGCGUGAACAUAUUUGUUACUGACCGCAAUGACAACGCCCCCCAGGUCCUGUAUCCCCGGCCUGGCCAGAGUUCAGUGGAGGUGCUGCCUCGAGGUACAGCGGCGGGCCACGUGGUCUCACGGGUGGUAGGCUGGGACGCAGAUGCAGGGCACAAUGCCUGGCUCUCCUACAGCCUCAUGGGAGCCCCCAACCAGAGCCUUUUUGCCGUGGGGCUUCACACGGGUCAGAUCAGCACUGCCCGCCCAAUCCAGGACACAGAUUCACCAAGACAGAUUCUCACAGUCUUGAUCUCAGACAAUGGAGAACCAUUGCUCUCCACCACCGCCACCCUGACUGUGUCAGUAACUGAGGAGUCUCCGGAAGCCCGGGCCGAGUUCCCUUCUGGCUCAGCUCCCCGAGAACAGAACAAAAAUCUCACCUUUUAUCUACUUCUUUCUCUAAUCUUAGUCUCUGUGGGAUUCGCAGUUACAGUGUUGGGAGUGAUCAUAUUCAAAGUUUACAAGUGGAAGCGGUCUAGGGACCUCUACCGAGCCCCAGUGAGCUCCCUGUACCGAACCCCAGUGUCCUCCUUGCACGCAGACGCGGUGCGAGGAGGCCUAAUGCCGCCGCACCUGUACCAUCAGGUGUACCUCACCACGGACUCUCGCCGCAGCGACCCACUGCUGAAGAAGCCUGGUGCGGCCAGCCCACUGGCCAGCCGCCAGAACACGCUGCGAAGUUGUGAUCCCGUGUUCUAUAGACAGGUGUUGGGUGCAGAGAGCGCCCCCCCUGGACAGCAAGCCCCGCCCAACACUGACUGGCGUUUCUCUCAAGCCCAGAGACCCGGCACGAGCGGAUCCCAAAAUGGGGAUGAAACCGGCACCUGGCCCAACAACCAGUUCGAUACAGAGAUGCUGCAAGCCAUGAUCUUGGCCUCUGCCAGUGAAGCCGCUGAUGGGAGCUCCACUCUGGGAGGGGGCACUGGCACUAUGGGUUUGAGCGCUCGAUAUGGACCCCAGUUUACCCUGCAGCACGUGCCUGACUACCGCCAGAACGUGUACAUCCCUGGCAGCAAUGCCACACUGACCAACGCAGCUGGCAAACGAGAUGGCAAGGCUCCGGCAGGCGGCAAUGGCAACAAGAAGAAGUCGGGCAAGAAAGAGAAGAAGUAAUAUGGAGGCCAGGCCUUGAGCCACAGGGCAGCCUCCCUCCCCAGCCAGUCCAGCUUGUCCUUACUUGUACCCAGGCCUCAGAAUUUCAGGGCUCACCCCAGGAUUCUGGUAGGAGCCACAGCCAGGCCAUGCUCCCCGUUGGGAAACAGAAACAAGUGCCCAAGCCAACACCCCCUCUUUGUACCCUAGGGGGGUUGAAUAUGCAAAGAGAGUUCUGCUGGGACCCCCUAUCCAAUCAGUGAUUGUACCCACAUAGGUAGCAGGGUUAGUGUGGAUACACACACACACACACACACACACACACACACACACACAAACACCAUGCCACACUCCCCUAGUUACAGCUGAACUCCCCAUCUUCCAACCCAGUCAGGCUCAUUCAUCUCCAGCCUCCCUCUCCCCACCCCACCCUUUCAGUCAACACCCUCUCUUUGAGCCAGGUAGUUGGGCUGUUGGGGUGACAGGUGAGCUAAGGGGGCUCCUAGUUCUGAACAGGUGGGAGAGUAUUACAAUCCUUUGGCCUCUCCUUCAGUUCAGCUGUCCCCCAAAGCAUGGUUUGGUACCAGUCUUCUCAUUUCCUCCUAGAGCCUGAGACCAAUGCUUAAGUUUUGGGGAACAGUCACCAUGCCCCUGGUACUGAUGAUGCUUGCUGGAUUUUUGGGAAGGCAUUUUGCUACUAAGCCUCUUUUCAAUGCCUGGGGACUACCAGUCUUCUGUUCUCCAUUGUUUGAUGUUCCCACUGCAUGCUGUGACUUCCUACUCCUCAAAGAAGAGACUCCUUUGCAUGUCUGGAGACAGUAGGGGGUGGUAAACUAAAGGGAAGCUGAGUGUAUACUGCUGGGAGUGGGGGCAGUGGACAAAACAGCCUGUUAAUAGGGUCUUGCAAGGGGCUCUGUACGUACCCAGGGUACUGGCUCAAUCCUCAAAUUCUAGCCAUAGACAAACAUCAGGCCAGACCCCUCCCUCCUGGUUCAGCCUGGGCAGCUUGGGCUGAGCCACCAGGACCAAUGGAUUUAAGCUGACAUUUCAGUCCAAGAAGACUUCUAAGUGAGUUUAAGACCAGAGAGGAAAGAGGGGCCUCUGUGGGUGCUGGGUACUCCAGAGGUGCCCUUGGUGGGAGGGUCAGUGGUCCUAGCAGGAAGGGAGCCCAGCAAGGUCAUUCUUGGACCCUGGGUCUAGUCCGGUAGCUAGAACAAGGGACCAAGUGGCUAUAAAGUCUCAGCCAAUGAUGAGGCUUUUCCCCUGGGCCUCUGGGCCCCUGUAUUCCUCAAGCCCCUGGCCUCCACCUUACCAGGUGCCAUUUCUCAGAAGGCCACUGCCCAGGCCCCCAGGCCGCCCCCUCGUGGCCACAGACCGGUUAAAGCCCCCCAGUGCCUCCUUGUGCAUAGAACUUCCUCUGCCCGAGCCCUUACAGUAGUGUAGAAGCCCCCUUCCUCCUCCCGCUGGUGUAGAAUAGCCAAUAGUAUAGUGUGGUGUGCUUUUACGUGAUGGCGAGUGGGCAGCGGGCGGUGGGCUGUGCGCAGCCGUCUGUCCUUUGAAUCUCAAUCUGCCUGCGCGGCCAGUGCUGUGUUUUGUGCUGUGUCCACACGCUGCGGCGACCCCUCCCUGUACUGACUUCUCUAUAAAAGCUUCUCUUCGCAUAGUCACGUAGCUCCUGCCCAUCCCCCUUCCGAUAUCUCUCGCAAGUUUUAUACUCUAAUAUUUAUAUGGCUUUUUUCUUCGAAAAUUAAAAAUAAAAAAUGGUUUCUUCUG